AUUCAGUGACUCGUAAUUGAAAGGAAAAGUAAAGCGCGGAGAUGAAGCUAACAAGCCAGCAUAAAUGAUCAAUGGAUGAAAAUGAAAUUACAUGUUCUUGAAAUUUCUUCUCUGUUUUUGUUUGUCUUCGAACACCGCAACAUGAAGUGCAUGACUUGCAAGGGCAAAUACGACGGAGAUGCCGGCGCCUGCAAGCAGUGCUAUGAGGACCUCAAGGCUAAGGUCGCUCUUCUCACGAUGCCCCAUCAGUUUUCCAUAAGCUUCGCCCCCGACCUCUCACUGUUUGCCUGUGACGACGGCCAUCCCGACGGCCCUGUACAAGUUUCUGCCCAUACGGUCGUUUUGGCAAGCCGUUCUCCGGUGUUCGGAGCCAUCCUUGACAAUGGGGCAACAGAAAUCCAUUUCUACGAAUUGAUGCUCGGAGACCUUUGUGACUUUGUCAACUACCUCUACACGGCCGAGAUAUGCCUUGACCAGAAAUUGGCCCGUACACUCCUUGGAGUGGCUGAAAAGUACCAGUUGCAUCAUCUCAAAGACUUGUGCCAGAAGUUCUUGGUGUCCAACCUCAACUGGGACAAUUCACUUGCGACCUACACCUUCGGCCACGAUCGUAACGACAAGCAGAUCAUCGACGCAGCCUUGAAGUUGAUCACAAACAACAUCGAAAAGCUUGCUUCAAGCGAUGAGUACGCGGAGCUAAAGAGAAGUCAUCCGCAACUUGUAAUCGAAAUCUAUGAACGUCAUUUUGCAUCCUUAUGAAAUUUGUUGUUCGAAAUCUAUGAAUAUUUUUUGUGUAUUUUUCUAUUUCUAGAAGGCCAUAUUUAUAGUACAAUAUUAUUGUAUUAAUAAUUGGCACAAAUUAAUGCAACAUAGAGGAGAGAUAAAGUAUAUAUAAACGAGUUCCCUUGGGUACUUUCUAGGCUUAAGUUAAGCGAGACGUGGCCGCACAGCGCUUGAGUGCCACGUCAUGCCGAAGGAAUUUGGAGGGAAACAGGAGGUGCAGCAGAGUAUACUAGCGGGUGAACGAAAUGUGUAAGCUACUGGGUUUGGGUGGUUCAUGCAACCGCACAUCUGUCCCCAUGAGACGCUCUGCUUCAACCGUCUGUAUGACUUGGGACAAAAGGUGUUUAUGAGGAGGAGGAGUUACAAUCUUAUUGUGACACCACCGUCCCUCCAGGUGCAAAAGAAUGUAUAGCAUUAAUUGACAAAAACAACCCUGAUUACCAUACAUAUUUACACA